AGCUAUGAGUGAAUUUCACCGGAGAGUUCAAAAGAAAAGCAAAGGGCAGCGGCGGCGGCACAGAGCAGAGCUUAUAUGAAAAAUAAAAAAGAGAUGAAUGAUUGGAGAGGAGAGGGAGGCUGCAGAGAGGAGGACAGGUUAUGAACCGGACUGCGACGAAUCGCUGAGGACGAGAUCCGAAAGAAGAGGAGAGAAGCAGGCAAGAAGGUGUGAAGCCUAAGUCCAGAGGCGGAGGCCUAAAUCCCUGCCAUGGCUGACGUUUUGGAUAGCAGCGGAGCCGGUGCUGUAGGAGCGGCCGGCGUGGACUGGCAGAAACGCUGCGUCGCUCUGGAGAUGCAGCUCCUGAGGUUCCGCCUGCAGGCUGGGAAAAUCCGAGAGCUGCUGGCAGAAAAGAUGCAGGAGUUGGAACAGAGGGUGACAGAAGCCGACCAGAGGGCUGAGAAAGCUGAGAAACAGAUCCAGGUCAUGGAGGAGAAGCUGAAGUCUGCAAAUAUGCAAACUGAUAAAACGGAGACCUCAUUGUACAAAAAGUAUCAAGACCUGACCAGUCAGCUUCAAGAGAAGGAUGCUAUAAUCAAGAGAUUAGAGAUCCAGCUGGAGCAACAGAUGUUAGUAAGAGCCCAAGAGGCAAAGAUUAUUGAAGAGAAGGCUGCCAAGAUUAAAGACUGGGUCACAUUUAAGCUCAGAGAGAUGGAGCUGGAAAACCAGCAACUGAAACUUGCAAAUGUAAAACAGACGGAGCAGAUUGUGCUGCUGCAAGACAAACUACAAUCUCUUUUAGAGAAACCUGCAUCCUCUGGAUCUCCUGCUAUGUCUCCUGUUGUAGAUGCCCACCUGGUACCCAACAGUCCGCUCUUUCCUCCCAGUUGCCCCAGCACGCCUCCCGCCCAGGAGGACUGCUGGAGGCAGCCUGGUCUGCGUGGGCCUGCCUCUAUCAAGAGCCUGCCAGAUGUGAAAAAGUCUCCAGAACUGCUGAACAAAAAAGUUUGUCUUGGAAACCUUACAGCCUAUGAUGCUCAGAGCUGGAUCAAGGAUGGACCGAGCGGCUCCACGAGUGGACAAGAGUUCAUAGAGGGCCUGGAGAGCAAAGCAGGGGACUCUGACAGAGACAACUCUUCUGAUGAGCUUAGCAGCAAGUUCCGCUCUCAGUGUCUUCACUCGUCAUCGUCCUCUUCAUCUUCAUCCUCUGCGUAUGAGAUGGCGCACAGGCCGAGCUCUCCCGGGCUGACCAUGACAGUAGCACCCAAAAGCCCCCUCCUCUCCCGCUCGCCCUCCACCAACAACCCCUUUCCUAUUACUCCUCAGUCUCUUGGUCAUCAUUCGGGCACCAGCAUGACGCUACCAAAAGUACGAACCCCGCUCACCCCCAGAGACAGCAUCCAGCUGGUGAAGAAGCACUACAGCCAGCCGCAGCCCAGCCUGGACAGACUGCACCAGCUCAACGUCAACAUAGACAUCAUGACGCCGUCCUCUGCCUCGUCCACGCUGAAGAGCUCUGCUACCAGCACUUCGCCGUUCGCUCAGCUUGUAGAAGAAACUGAUAUUGAUGAUGGGCCUCUGGACUGCAUGGACGGAGUGGUGGAGGGGACAGAAUCAGAGGUGCCGUCUCAGGAUGGGGUUUCCUUUGUGGGACUAGCAGAGGAGCUGGAGCAGUUGGAUCCGGAGUUGAUCAAGCCACCAACUCCUCCUUUGCAUCGCUUCCCUUCAUGGGAGAGUCGGAUCUAUGCUGUGGCAAAGUCAGGAAUGAGAGUAUCUGAGGCGGGGGCUGUAGCCAGAGGCCCUGGACGAGGCUCCACCCUACCCCAGCAUCCCGCUACAGGUCCUUUCACACAGCUCAUUUAUAAAAACAUCAAUGUUCCUGUCUACACUACACUGAAAGGGAAAGCCACUCAGAUCAGUAGCGUCCCUCUACCGGAGGAUGACUCUGGUUCAGAGGAUGACAGCAGCUCUUUGGCCAGUUUGCGGACCUCCAUCCUGAGCCCAGAAAGGAAAGGCAGCGUUCCUGGGAGCCCGCGGGCUGUAAAGAGGGGUGUGUCCAUGUCCUCCAUCAGCUCUGAAAGUGAUUAUGCGAUCCCACCUGAUGCUUACUCUCUGGACAGCGACUACUCUGAACCUGAACACAAAGUCCAACGCACCUCCUCCUAUUCCUGUGAGAGUAGUCCACCAGACACGCUAGAGAAGUCGGGUUACCUAUUGAAAAUGGGUAGUCAAGUAAAAGCCUGGAAACGUCGCUGGUUCGUCCUGAGGAACGGAGAGAUCCUCUACUACAAAUCUCCUAGUGAUGUGAUAAGAAAACCUCAGGGUCAGAUUGAGCUGAACUCGUCGUGCUGCAUAGUACGUGGGGAGGGAGCACUGACCUUUCAACUGAUUACAGAGAAGAAGACCUUCUACCUGACAGCUGACUCGCCCAACCUGCUGGAGGAGUGGAUCAGAGUUCUGCAAAACAUCCUGAGAGUUCAGGCCAGCAGCCCCACUACUGUGGAGACGAGGGCAAAGCCCACUGUGAGAGGCUGGCUCACAAAGGUUAAACAUGGACACUCAAAGCUGGUCUGGUGCUCUUUGGUGGGAAAAGUAUUUUGCUACUUUCGCAAUCAGGAGGACAAGCUGCCUCUGGGUCAGCUGCAGAUGAAGGAGGCAUCUGUGCAGGAAGUGGAUCGCUCAUGUGAUUCAGACGAGGACUAUGAGGCAGGGGAUCGGGGAUUCCUCUCCUCUCACUGCACCUUAGUGGUCCAACCCAAAGACCAGAGUCCUACUUAUCUGCUCAUUGGCACCAAGCAGGAGAAGGACACAUGGUUGUAUCACCUGACAGUAGCGGCUGGCAGCAGUGCAACCUUGAAAGUAGGCACAGAGUAUGAGCAACUCAUUGGUAAACUCAUGGAUGUGGAGGGAGACCCAGAGUCUGUGUUGUGGAAGAGCGAGGCCUUGAGUUUCUGUAAGGAGGGUCUGCGCUCGCCUCUCACCACCCUGCCAUCUGAAGCUCUGCAGACUGAAGCUCUUAAACUAUUCAAGUCCUGUCAGCUUUUCAUCAACGUGCUGGUUGAGUCUCCUUCUGUUGAUUACCACACAUCCCUGGCCCAGAAUGCUCUGCAAGUGUGUCUGACCCACCCAGAGCUGCAGAACGAAAUGUACUGCCAGCUGAUCAAGCAAACCAACCGCCGGAUACCGAACAACUACUCCCUCACCCAGUGUUGGCAGCUGUUGUCGCUGUGUGUGGCGCUCUUCCUCCCACAGCAGCAUUUCCUUUGGUACCUGAGGCAGUAUCUUCAGCUUAGUGCUGACCCCAGGACUGAGGUUGGGAAGUAUGCUGUAUACUGUCAGAGAUCUUUGGAGAGAACGCUACAGAAUGGAGAGCGGGAAGCGAAACCCUCCCGGAUGGAGAUAGUGUCCAUCCUGCUUAGAAACCCCUAUCAUCACUCACUGCCUUUCAGCAUCCCAGUUCACUUUAUGAACAACACUUAUCAGGUUGUGGGGUUUGACGGCUCCACUACUGUGGAAGAGUUCCUAAACACACUGAACCAGCGGAUCGGCAUGAGGAAACCCCAGCUAACAGGGUUUACACUCUUCACCGAUGAUCCGUCUGGUAAAGAUCUGGAGCACUGCCUGCAGCCAUCAGCCAAGAUCUGUGAUGUCAUUUCUAAGUGGGAGCAGGCCCUGAAAGAACUGCAUCCUGGGAAAAAUGAAGGGACACGGAUUGUUCGGCUAACCUACAAAAACAGGCUGCGUUUCAGAGCUCAGGUUAAAGGAGAGACGGAGCGAGAGCGCCUCCUGCUGGUGUACCAGGUGAAUGAUGAAGUUCAGCGAGGCCUCUUCCCUGUGAACAAAGAGCUGGCUCUGGAGGUGGCUGCACUCAUUGCACAGGUUGAACAUGGUGAUUAUGAGCGAACUGGUGUUUCCUCUCCUUCUGGCUCCCCUCACUCUAAAUCGCAGCUAAUUCUUCUGCAAGCCUUGGAGCGCUUCUACCCAAAACGCUACAAGCAGGACUGCACCACAGAGCAGCUGAGGGAUCUUACUGAGCGUCUGGCCUCCAAGUGGUCGAUGCUUCGUGGCUGCAGUGCAUCUGAAUGUGUGAGAAUAUAUUUGACCGUGGCGAGAAAAUGGCCUCUGUUUGGGGCCAAACUCUUCAGCGCCAAGCCUGUGCCUCCUUCUCCUGUUGACCAGAGACAGGUGUGGCUGGCAGUUAGUGAGGAUGGACUGUGUGUGCUGGAUGCUACGAUGCACACCUUGUUCACAUACCCCUACCAUUCAGUAAUCACAUUUGGUGGGUGCCAGGAGGAUUUUAUGGUGGUCACCAGCCAGCAGAGAGAGUCUGGAGCUGGGAAGAAGAAUGUAGAAAAGCUGGUUUUCGCAAUGGAUAAACCAAAGAUAUUGGAGCUGACUCUGCUGAUGGCUAGCUACAUAAACCACUGGAACCCAACUGUCCCAUCAGCUCCCCAACAGCCCCUCGGCCACUGGGAUGUGGACAGCCGGCACUUUCCUGCCAUGAACUACACCACUAAGGGCCCAACCCUACUGUAGGAGAGGCUUCACGGCUCCACUUACCAUCGGAGUACACUGGGCUGCACCACAUCCUGGUUUUAUGUUUUUAUUAUCCAACAGACUCUUUUUUUGGUUCUGAGAUUAAAAGUAGCUGGAUUAGUCCUACUAAACAAUCAAGCUCAGCUUUUCUUUGUUUUAUUUAUUUUGGACAUUUGAGGUACUAUUAGUUAACUUGGCAUAACCCAGAUUGUAUUGAAUUCAAAUUGAACUACAUCAAUCAAUCCGGGAAGCAAUUCUUCGAGCUCAGAGGUUACCUGCUUCUCAUGUCGAGCUUUUAGCCAAUCAAAGCUGCAGUAGCAGCUGAGACGUUUCAAAUUCUGAAAUAGUUUUACGGAGUUAACUGAUGAGUCAAACUUAUACCAAAUCCAGUCGGUAAGAACAUCCAGCCAGCCAUCUUCUCCCGCUUAGUCCUGUCAGGGUUGCGGUGGGCCGGCGCCUAUCUCCGUCAGUCAAUGUGCGAGAGGCGGGGUGAACCCUGGAAAGGCCGGCGCUCUGUUGAAGCUUCUUUCCAUCCACAAAAGGCACAAAUCGUCUCCUUUUGCUUGUUUUUAUAGAGAAGGUAUUCCAGUUGAAACUGGUGCAGCCAUGUUUGUUUUGCUUCAGAAUUAUGCCUCUGGCUGACAUGUUGACGUCAUACAUGUCAGUGCUUUUCAUUGGCCUGAGACAUUUCUGCAUGGAGGCCAGACACAUCUGUUGGCUUCUGGCAAGAUGCAUUUUCAGGAGUUUGUGAGUUUACAAAUCUUGCAACAGUUGAUCUUGCUUGCAAGGUAAACUGUUAGUCACAGACCUCUUAUAUUUCUGUCCUUGUAGGUAUUUACCAUGAAAAACAUGGAUGUGACCAACAAAAUUUGAUUUGAUUUAUUUCAGGUACUGCUUGAACAUAUAGGCCACAACUGGCAUGUGAUAGUAAUAGUUAAAGGCAUUUAUGUUUCUUUAACUUUUCCAGAUUUCUUCAUGUGGCAACUUCAAGCUAUGUGAUUUUUUUUUCUAUAGAGCAACACAAAUGGAUUUAUAAUUGUGAAUCAUCUAAGCUUCGAGCCCAAACCAAGCAGGCAAACAGCAGUGCCUAACCAUGACUAAUAGAAUCAGACAGAUGAGGGUGUUCAUUGCUGUGCAGCUGAUAGAAAAAACAGGUUUGUUUUUCAAUGAUCUGAUGCAACUUAUGCAGUAUUUUAAAUGCAGUUUCCAUAGUUCCAUUUUUUGUGUAGAAGAAAUGUCUUUUUCCAAUUUCUUCAUUUUUUAUUUACUUCAUUUUUUAUUUUCUGUUUACUUGCUAUUUAAAUGCUUCCAGGUAUUAUUAACUGCAAGGUGAAACAGCACUGAUUUUUUGAGAUAUUUAAAGUUCACUUUCCCCUUCUGGUUUUUCAGGCUAACAAAAACACCUUUUAAAAUGGUUUACCAAUCCAGAAAUAAUGAUAACGUUUUGAUUGGUCAAAUAUCUUAUGUAAGACUUAAAAUUAAUAUUUUAUGGCUAGAAUUUGAAUCUGCCAUGUUCUAUUUUUAGUUGAGACUUCAUUCAAAACUUGGAUGGAAAGACUUGAGACUUGGGAAAAAAAUCACUCAUUCCACCCCUGCUUCAAACCCAUAUUUGAUUACACCUAUUAACAAUGUUUCCUAAACUUCUGUAUUAUUAUAAUUUUUUUUUUUUAUGUCAGAGUAAAGGAGCCCUUGCAAUUCACGCUAUAAGAUGCUUAUUUUGAAUUUUUUUUUUUGUGAAAACCACACAUCGAUUUCCCUCUGCAACACAAUAUACAUCACUUUGUGUUGAUCUAGCAUGAAAAAUCUCAAUAAAAUACCUGCAGGUUUGUGGAUGUAGUGUGACAAAAUGUGGAAAUGUUUAACAAGCAGCAAUACCUUAUGAAAGGUACUUUGAUUAUGUGUCCU